AUGGAGCAAACGAUGAUGGAGGAUGUCAAUACUUCUUCAGCAGCGUGGAAAGUGACCAAAAAUAAUGCCUCCACUAUCUCCUUAAAAGCAACUUGGAAACCCACUUUUGAAUGGAACGGUGACAAUGUUGUGUUAAAAGGAGUUUCACGGGAAGAUGUUUAUGCUCGUGACGCUGGCAAUGCCGUCAUCCCCUUAUCAUCCGUGGGAAUUCAUGUAGAGUUUGCUGAAAAACUUGGUUUAUUGGUGAAAGACGCAAGCAACCAAUACCAAUUAGGACCCAAUUUAGACUAUGUCUUACCCACAGUCACUUAUACGACAUCCACCCCACCAGUCAGAAGCAAUCGAUGGUUUCAAUGGUUAGGAGAGCAUUUUGUGGGUAUUAUUCCACGAGAUUUAUUAGGGGGAACUGAAAUAUUUAAAGUCAAAUUAGAGGAUGGUCAAUCGUAUCUUUACCUCAGUCGCUUUGUAGAUUGGCAUUUUAAAAACCUCAAUGCUCUGUUUAAUACUCAUGUAGGUGGUAUUAAACAAACAGUGAUGGUGUAUUGCGAUGUCGUAGAAUCCACGAUUGUAGGAGCCCAAAAACAUUCAUUGUUAAGAAAAGUGGAAUUAGAACGAAAAGGGGAAGGCAGAGCCACCAUAGAACCGUUACAUCGUGAAUGGAUUAAAGUCCGAAAUCAACACAUCGAAAGAGUUGAAGUGUCCUUGGCCACUCCUCAUGGCAGUUUGUUGGUAUUACCCCCCGGCAAAACACUCAUAACACUAGGGUUUCGACAAGUAUAA